AGCGGAGUUGCCGUAGAGGCGGGGAGACCCAUAGACCCCGCUGCCCCGAGCAGCGCUUCCGGCCAUAUCCCAAGGGGGCCUGCGUUGUGGAGUUGGGGGCAGGUAAGGGUUUCCAGUGAUCCGGACCGCGGCUGCCGCCCCGCGAGCGGGAUGUUCCAGGGUCUGAGCAGCUGGUUUGGCUUGGAGCAGCCGGCGGCGAGUGGCCGGCAGUCCGAGGGAGAUGGGCAGCGUGCAGGAGACGCUCCACCCGAGCAGCGCGCUGAGGCGGUGGUGGAGUCGGCGGAGGGGGAGCCUCAGCAAGCGGGGGACCAGGAGCUCCUUCACCAGGCCAAAGGCCUCGGCACCUAUCUAUUUAACUUUGCAACUGCUGCUACAAAAAAGAUAACUGAAUCAGUUGCUGAAACAGCACAGACAAUAAAGAAAUCAGUUGAAGAAGGAAAGAUAGAUGACAUCAUUGAUAAGACAAUUAUAGGAGAUUUUCAGAAGGAACAGAAAAAAUUUGUUGAGGAACAGCAUACCAAAAAAUCAGAAACAGCAGUGCCCCCGUGGGUUGAUAGUAAUGAUGAAGAAACAAUUCAACAACAAAUCUUGGCCUUAUCAGCUGACAAGAGGAAUUUCCUUCGUGACCCUCCAGCCGGUGUGCAGUUUAAUUUUGACUUUGAUCAGAUGUAUCCUGUUGCCCUCAUCAUGCUUCAGGAGGACGAGCUGCUGAGCAGGAUGAGAUUUGCCCUUGUUCCUAAACUCGUGAAGGAAGAAGUGUUUUGGAGGAACUACUUUUACCGGGUCUCCCUGAUUAAGCAGUCAGCCCAGCUCACGGCCCUGGCCGCCCAGCAGCAGGCCGCCGGGAAGGAAGAGAAGAUGCAUAGCAGAGAGGAUGAGUUGCCACUGACAGAGGCAGUACGGCCCAAAACGCCACCUGUUGUAAUCAAAUCUCAGCUUAAAACUCAAGAGGACGAAGAGGACAUUUCUACCAGCCCGGGUGUUUCUGAGUUCGUCAGUGAUGCCUUCAAUGCCUGUAACUUAGAUCAGGAGGACCUGAGGAAGGAGAUGGAACAGCUGGUGCUUGACAAAAAGGAGCAGGAGAAAGCCAUAGCAGAAGAUGAAUCUGCAGAUUGGGAAAAAGAACUACAGCAGGAACUUCAAGAAUACGAAGUGGUGACAGAAUCGGAGAAGCGAGAUGAAAACUGGGAUAAAGAAAUAGAGAAAAUGCUGCAGGAUGAAAAUUAGCUGUUUCCUGAAAUAAAGGAAUAAUCCUUAACAUUCUGUAACUGACAUUAAAUUCUAGAUGGCAACACUCACUGAAUCAGAAGACACAAAAUAGUGUAACUUCAUGAAAUCCAAAAUUAUUCUCUCUUCAAGUAGAAACUUGCCUCUUCUACUUAAAAAUAUACAGACCAGUUAUUCUAAUGAUCAAAUAAGGAUGUUUUAUAUGGUAUUUCUUUAGUAUAAAUCUAGCUAGAGAUAUAGUCAGUAUGGAUAUCUUUGCCACAGAAACACAAGUAAAAUUUUUAAAGUUCUGUUUUCCAUAAGGUCAAGAAUAUGAUUUAUUCUUCAGUUGUGGUUUUCUAAACAUUUGUACUUUUUGUUGCAUUUUCAUUGAUACAUGUAUGUUAAAGUACUUGAUAAUGGAUUGAUAACUAUCAAAAUGACCAAAUUGUACCAAAGAACUGAAGAAGAAGCAGUUUCAGGACUAUUUUCUUGCUAGAUAUUAUCUGGAAGCCAAGAGAUAAUUAUGGUGAUUUUAAUGCUAGUAAUACACACAAUUUGACAUUGAGGAGUAACUGCAAAAAUACUAUCUCUGAGACCUUUUCUUUCUUGUUUUGUUUUUUAAUUACACCACAAUAUUUUCCUAAAUUCACAUGAUGGUUUUGUAAAAAGGGUCUUUCAAUGUUCUUUUUUUUUGUAAUAAUGACCUGCAGAAGCACAUUCACCGUAAAGUCUCUUGUUCCUGUUUAAAUCAUCACCACAUAUAAAUGUUUUAGCUUUGUUUGUCUUAAUUAAACUGUUAAUCAUUAUAAAAUUGUGUUCCUCUGGAUACAACUUAUGAGACUUCACUGAUCAAUCCUGCUUGUAUUCUACUAUACCAGCAGACCCAUGUUCAUAGAAUAUGGUUUUUUUAAAAAAAAGGUGGCUUACUGUCAGAACGCUUCAAAGUAUUUGCUUCCUGAAACAUUCUUCAAGGAGCCUUUAUUUCAUAAAGGGGAAUAAAAUUAAGACCACUCUUUGUAAGAAAAAUGUACAUGUUUAUAUUCUUGACCACAUCAAAGUUAGUCCACAAUCCUCUGACAAAGGUAUAGUCAACGAGAAAACUGUGUGUGGGUCUAAGCAUUACUCUUCUGUUCAUAAUUUGGAUAUACACGUGUGAAUGAGCCAGACUAUCUCAACUGGGAUCAACUGGGUUAUAGCAAUAAACUCAUAUAAUCUGUGAAACCAUUGAUCCCAUUAUCAAGACAUUUCUGCUUACGGUGCCACAGUUUCUAAUUGCUGAGUUUGGGUUAGGAGAUGAUGACUCGCAACUUCUAAAGUAAUCCUAUUGAAGGGAAAAGUUUUGGGUGUUUUUCAAAUAGAGUUUGCUGGAGGGAAAGAUACAUGUUAAAUGUUUUCAAGUAGCUAAAAAUCCUAGAUGUAAAACAGAUCAGAAUACCACAGUGUUUGGCUCUCAGUAUAUGCACUAAAAUUUUUAGUGGUGAAUGUUGAAUAAAUACAAAAAGGUUUCAGAGAAACUAAAAAAAACAAAUUACAAUAGAAA